UUUACAGUUAUCCAGCUGCACCGCCGGGACAACAGCUGUCUCGCAUCAUAAUCAGUUUUUGUCUGGGAAACCUUUAUCGAUUGAGGCUUUACGCACAGUCAUGAUUUUGACGCACAGGUGAACUUCUUUCGCCUUAACGCGCCUCCACCACAACUCAACAAGGAAAGUAUCGUAGACUGAAAGAAAACCCCUCUCUCGUCUAUUCCUCCUCCUCGUUCUUUUAUCUGAAGUGCUCGGGGGUGAACGGGUUAGAUCCAGAGAUCCAGAGCCAUGUCCAGGAAGAAGGCAGUGAAAGGCAAAGGGAGCUCCAAGAGCCCCAAGGCGUCGCCGAGCAGCGGCAGAGAGAGCGGGAGGACGGGGAAGGGUCUGGCCGCCGCUGCCGCUCCGUCCUCCGGACUGGUUUAUCCCAGCAGACCGUCCAUCAGCAACAGUGGGGAGUUUUAUGACAUCGCCUUUAAGGUGAUGCUGGUGGGGGAUUCAGGUGUGGGGAAGACCUGUCUGCUGGUUCGCUUCAAAGAUGGAGCCUUUCUAGCCGGGAGCUUCAUCUCUACUGUGGGCAUCGACUUCAGGAAUAAAGUUAUGAGCAUUGAUGCCGUGAAGGUCAAACUGCAGAUUUGGGACACUGCCGGUCAGGAGCGUUUCCGGAGUGUCACUCAUGCUUACUACCGCGAUGCCCAUGCUCUUCUUCUUCUGUAUGAUGUUACUAACAAAGCAUCCUUCGACAACAUCCGGGCGUGGUUGACGGAGAUCCAUGAGUACGCUCAGCAGGACGUGGUUGUCAUGCUGCUGGGCAACAAGGCUGACUCCACACAUGACAGGGGGGUGAAGCGGGAGGAGGGAGAGAAACUGGCAAAGGAGUUUGGUGUCCCCUUCAUGGAGACAAGUGCUAAAUCUGGACUGAAUGUGGAGCUGGCCUUCACUGCUGUGGCCAAAGAACUGAAGCACAGGACCAUGAAGGAGCCUGACCAGCCCAAGUUUCAGCUGCAGGAGUACGUCGACAAAGAAAUGAGGACAGCUGGCUGCUGCCGCUCAUAGACUACAUCCCAUCUAUGUGUGUGUGUGUGUGAGUGUGUGUGUGAGAGAGAGAGAGAGCGCGCGAGGGAGAGAACAGGUGCAUUCUGUUAGAGUAUGUAAUAAAUCUGAGAUGGUGUGUCUGGAAAUAAUCAUGAAAUUCUCAGUGUUUGUAAUAUUUCUGUUAGUGGUGAUGCAGCCAAUAUGCUCUCUCUCCCAACCCACCUUUCCUCUGCAACUGUGAAUGUAAUAUAAUUCCUAUGUACAUGCUUGCACAAAUACAUGCAUGUUUUUCUCUCUUUCUCUGUCACACACACACACACACACACACACACACACACACACACUCACACACAGCUAUGUUUGUAAGUCUACUUCACAGCCUGUUUAAUCCUUUCUGUGCAGGUUUCCAUAAGUGUGCUGUACAUACUUUGAAUGUAAUUUUGAUUUUGUGUCUGAAGUCUUUGUAGUUUUUAGAUACCUGUCUUGUUGAAACUGAAGUAUAUGGCCAGAAUUAUAUUGAAUGUUAAAUCAAUCUUCUUCAGUCUUCUUAAAGUAAUAGAAAUAGAUCUUAUGAACACAUUUGUACGGAUACACUUCUGCACCUCAUGUAAGCUGUCAAAUGGCACUGUGUGCUGUUUAUGUACAGGAUAAAGUAUGAUAACUGUUUUUAAUACUUGUACCUGUGAUCAUGACUCUCAUCACGCUGAUGUGUCUGUGAAAAUACGAUGAGUUCUUGACGUUUUGUACACAGAUUGUUCAGUUUGAGUUUUAAAGCUGCUAUGUGAAGCGUUUACCAUUAGAAAAAGUGCUGAGAGUUUGUUCAACCUACAAUAAGGUUUGGUUGAACCUAUUCGUCACUUGUUUUUCCCUCCUGAGGUUUUGUCGUUCCUGUCAUUCCAUAGAGAUGUAGCCAUUGUUAGUGGAUCUUUGCUGAACUAAUGUUGCGCUACGGUCCCAGUCCCCAAGAGGAGGGUCGUGGCAAAGGUAAUUGGAUGGGUUGAGUGAUGCUGCUGUUGUGUGUUGGUUUCAAAGAGGAGCUGUCCACAGUAAAGAGGCAGAAAAGAUGGAGGAUUGAUGAGUAAAGGAGGCCUUUCAACAGCUGCUUUGAAUCAGUAACUCAUCAUAGGCAUUGUUUGCUCAUUUUUUUCACUGAUUCUACACAGUGGUAACACUAAUUUAUAUUUUGUCCGAUGUUUUAUUGAAAAUGGUUCUGCUACUUUUAAAAAUACUAAUUUUAUUUGAAAAUACUGUAAAUACAGAUUCAAAAUUCUUACGUUCACUUGAA